AUGGCAUCCUCAGAAGGCUCGAAAGAAAAAAGCGAUAGUAAGCCCAAGGAUGGUGCCGCUGGACAUGGCAACGGCGGCGCUGAAACAGGCAUGAAUGGCGGCGGCAACAGUGGGAAUAAUAGGGACUCAAAUCCUCAGCAGGCAAUGAACGAAUUUUUGGCCAAUCCUGAUAUCAAGCCCGCAAAGGAGAACAGCUACGAUGCAAAGGCUAGCAACAGCAACGAAAAUACCAAUUCUAAUGAUAAUGAUAACGAUAAUGACAAUGACGAGUAUGAUUACGAAAUGCAAGACUACAGGCCUCUUCCGUUUACCUCCAGAGGACGUUCGAAAACAAAUUACAUACAUCAAUACUCAAUGAAUGGUGGUAAUUCAUCGUCAGCCUUCCCAAUUCAGGAAGUUGUACCAAACACCCAAAUGGCUAUUUCCACAAGUGCCGAUACAAGUGGUGGGGCAAGUGGGGGUUUUCCCGGAAUGGAGAACUCGCGAUCCGAGCUAAGACCAAGAGGUCAAACAGUUACAACGAAUGUAUUACAUUUCGGUGAUAUUUUCAGAAACAACGACGAUGCAGCAUCACAUGUGCCAUCAUCGCGAUCUAGAGCAAGGGGAGCGUCCACGUCUGGAAGAAGUGAUAGAUCAGGCGUAGAUAGCAACAAUAACAAUAAUAGUGGCUAUGGUUCAGAUCAUUCGCCUGACCCAAGAAACGUUCCUAUGAUGGUCAAACCAAAGACACUGUAUCAGAAUCCUCAAACCCCUACAGUUCUACCGUCAACGUAUCAUCCAAUCAAUAGGUGGUCCACAGUUAAGCACAGCUAUUUGAAAGAAUUUCUAGCAGAAUUUAUGGGGACUAUGGUAAUGGUAAUUUUUGGCUCUGCUGUCUGUUGUCAAGUUGUUGCAGCGGGAAAACUGCAACAAAAUGCAUUUGAUGCAGCUCUGGCUGCAUUACAAGAUUCGCCAACGGAUAUGAUUCAGACCACACAAACUUUAAAGUAUCUGGUGAGCUCUGUUUCUGGUGGUACUUUUGAUGACGUUGCCUUUGGUUGGGCAGCCGCAGUGGUCAUGGGAUAUUUUUCUGCAGGUGGUAGUGCAAUCUCCGGUGCACAUAUGAAUCCCUCUAUUACUGUCUCAAAUUAUAUUUUUAGAGGAUUCCCAGCCAAAAAAAUACCGUACUAUAUUGUCGGCCAGCUGUUAGGUGGCUUUGUUGGUGCAUUGAUUCUAUUCAUUUUCUACAAACGUGUGAUUGAAGAGGCAUAUCCUAUGUGGAGGACUUCACAAGAUGUUGCUUCUAUGUUUUGUGUUUUUCCUAGGGCAUAUUUGUCAAGCACACGUCAAUUUGUCUCUGAAUAUAUCUGUACCGCAAUGCUUCAAGCUGCUACUUUUGCAUUGACUGAUCCAUACACUUGUUUGUCUUCGGACAUAUACCCCGUAAUGCUGUUUUUGCUUAUUUAUAUUAUAAAUGCUUCGAUGUCAUACCAAACAGGUUCUGCAAUGAAUAUGGCUCGUGAUUUGGGACCUAGACUUGCUCUUUAUGCAUUGGGCUUUGACAGAUAUUUACUUUGGAUUUCUCAUAACCAUUUUUUUUGGGUUCCAAUGGUCGCUCCAUUUUUGGGUUCUAUUACAGGAGCACUGGUUUAUGAUAUCUGUAUUUAUCAGGGUCAUGAAUCUCCAGUGAACUGGCCCUUAUCAAUUUGGGGAGAUCUUCUGGCGCGCGCUUGGUUCAGAAGACCAUCAUGGAGCAGGCGAAAGAGAGCAAGAGCAACUUCAGCAUUGAGCGAGUUUUCUUACGAUGAUGACGAAGAUGGCGGAGAGGGAGGGCAAGCCAAUGGUGAUCGACUAGCUACUAGAAGAACUAGAACUUUGUCUAGUGAAUCCGAUGGCGCUGAACCAAAGCAGAAAAAUGUCCAAUUCAAAUCUGUCCAAAAUAAAAGCAAAAGAUUUUAUGGGGGAAUCCCGACAAUUUUGGAAGAUGAGAAUUCCAUUGAAGCUGCAUCACUGGCUGGUACGGGCACUGAAUCGAUCGCAAUGUCUGAUACCUCAUCGAUACAGCCGUUUGAUGAUGAUAUAGAAAGUUCUGGUCAAAAGAAAAAGGCAUGA